GGUGGCGCUUUCGCAGCUCUUCCCCGUCUCCUGGCUGCAGUUCAUUCACAUUUUGUCGAGGUUCGGACUUGCAGCUUUUGACAACUUUCAUCUCGUUUUGCUACCAUGAGACCAGCAAACCACAGAGUGUUUGUGGUGGGAGUGGGGAUGACGAAGUUUGAAAAGCCUGGGGUGCGUGAAAAUUUUGACUAUCCUGAUAUGGCGAAAGAAGCAGGCCAGAAGGCUUUAGCUGAUGCAGGCAUACCUUACUCUGAAGUUGAGCAAGCCUGCGUGGGAUACGUGUAUGGUGAAUCAACCUGUGGUCAGCGAGCCAUUUACCACAGCCUAGGCCUAACUGGCAUUCCCAUUAUCAACGUCAACAACAACUGCUCCACUGGCUCUACAGCACUGUUUAUGGCACGCCAGCUGGUAGAAGGAGGACUGGCUAAAUGUGUUCUUGCUCUUGGUUUUGAGAAAAUGGAGAAAGGCUCACUCACCUCAAAGUACAUGGACAGGGCAAACCCAAUGGAUAAGCACAUGGAGGUGAUGAUCAACCGCUUUGGGUUGGCAGCUGCUCCAGCAGCACCACAGAUGUUUGGAAAUGCAGGGCGGGAACACAUUGACAAGUUCGGGACCAAGCCUGAACACUUUGCAAAAAUUGCAUGGAAGAAUCAUAAGCAUUCCACAAACAACCCUUACUCACAGUUCCAAGACGACUACAGUUUGGAUCAGGUGUUAAAGUCACGGAAGGUCUUUGACUACUUGACCCUUCUCCAGUGCUGCCCUACAUCAGAUGGUGCUGCAGCGGCCAUCCUUGCCAAUGAAGAUUUUGUUAGGAAGUAUGCUCUUGAAAGUAAGGCAGUUGAAAUCCUGGCCCAGGAGAUGGUGACGGAUUUGAGGAGCUCCUUUGAGGAAAACAGUUGUAUGAAAAUGGUGGGAUAUGACAUGACUAAACAGGCGGCUCAACAAUGCUUCCAGAAGACUGGCCUGCAACCCACGGAUGUCGGCGUCAUUGAACUUCACGACUGUUUUUCUGCCAAUGAACUGAUUACCUAUGAGGCUCUUGGACUCUGUCCUGAAGGUAAAGCUGGAGAGCUGAUUGACAGGGGUGAUAACACCUAUGGUGGAAAAUGGGUGAUAAACCCAAGUGGAGGUCUCAUCUCUAAAGGCCACCCUUUAGGGGCCACAGGUCUGGCGCAAUGCGCGGAACUCUGCUGGCAGCUGCGCGGAGAGGCGGGAAAGAGACAAGUUCCGGGGGCAAAGGUGGCCUUGCAGCACAACAUCGGCCUCGGCGGAGCGGUGGUAGUCACUCUGUACAGGAUGGGAUUCCCUGAUGUAGCCAGACCUCAUCAGAUUCAGGCAGUUCAUACGAGUGCUGCAGCUGGCCUGGAAGGAUUCAAAGCUCACAAUGUAUUCAAGGAGAUUGAAAAUAAGUUAAAAGAGGAUGGUGAGCAGUUUGUAAAGAAGAUUGGCGGAGUGUUUGCCUUUAAGGUGAAGGAUGGUCCCGGAGGCAAAGAAGCCAUGUGGAUUGUGGAUGUAAAAAAUGGGAAAGGCUCUGUUGAUACUGAUGAAGCUAAAAAGGCAGAUUGUACCAUCACAAUGUCUGAUGCAGAUUUACUGGCCUUGAUGACUGGCAAAAUGAACCCUCAAACUGCAUUUUUCCAGGGGAAGCUCAAGAUCACUGGAAACAUGGGAAUGGCAAUGAAGCUUCAGAGUUUGCAACUUCAGCCGGGCAAAGCAAAGCUGUGAUAAAGAGAAUGUGGUUCCCUGUAACUGUCGUCCUGCCACUUGCCCUCUACUGCACGGAGAGCCAAACUUGACAGAGUAGCUUGACUACAGAGUGAAACUGGAAAGGGUGGGUGGGUGGUCAUGACUCAAUAGCUCAGAAAUAAUUCCUUUCUUAUUUGACUCACUAAUUGCAGUGCAUUAAAAAUGGCAGCCACAGUAUAGACUUGCACUUGGGCUGUGCUAGUAUUGCAUCUUGAUUUUUAGAGAUCUCUUUUUGUAAUACGGCUGAAUUUUUCAUAGGCCAUCCUAAUCAUGGACCUGUGAGCAUUUUAAUUUUUCUGGACCUUACAUUUUGUUAAUUUCUAAUUUUACUCUGAAUGUUAUUCCAGCACACUGAAAAACAGAUUUUUUUUUUCUCUUUAAACAGCCAGUUUACAUAUUGAUCAUCAGAUCUGAAGGCAAAAUAAAUUUACAAGAGUGCAUUAUUGUUGUUUUCUAUUAGAUUAUAAUCUCCAUAUCCAUUGCUGCUAAUACGUCAGGGCACUUAGUGAAAACAUGUAAAAAGUGUGAGUGUACAGCUAGCCACCUGAAGUUUGUGUCCUCUCUUACAUGGUGGAUGAUGAAAGAUAUGUUCCCUUAUCCCACACUGUGUUCAGCCAUUCAGGUUAAAAAAUAAAAAAAAAAAAGAAUCAGUAAUAACACCUGGUAAAGCAAUAAAAGUCAAGUUGUCUAAGUUAACUUCAUAGCUGUAUGAUCCUAUUUGUAAAGUCUGCACUUCGACCAUCUUGGUGCAGUAUUCCUAAAAGCUUCAUUUUAAAUGUUCCCAUGAAAUACGGUACUGUUAUUCUUUAUUCCCUUAAGAUGAGAAAUCUGCUUUCUGUUCUUGUUUUUUGUUUUUCUUGGCUUAAGGAGUUUAGAGCUAUUUCAAGUUGAUGCUCUGGUAUGGAACCCAUAAACAUGUUGAGUUCAGCUGCCAGUUACAUCUAAUUUGCAAUGACUCUCCUCUUGGCAAAUUACACUGUGUAACUGUAGCCAUGUCUGAUUAAUUCCUCAUUACUGUAGGUCUGCACAUUUGAAGGGGGUUUAGCCUUUUAUUUAUAUAUAUAUAUAUAUAUAUAUAUAUAUAUAUAUAUAUAUAUACCUUCUCCGUAAUUAAACUUCCCCGCUCCCUGAGGAGAAGGAGGGGGCAUCGUAACUUUUGUCCCCAUUAUGGUGGAAAAGAAAGAUUCUGGAUAUACAUUUCUAGAAAAAUCAUGUUUUGUAUGCUAGGAUGACUGUAUGGUGAAAGAAUUGCACAAUGCAUUCAUGUCUACAGGAUUUGAAAUUAAAAAACAGAACAAGUCAUUUUCUAGGUGGGUCAGACUUUAAUGUACAUUUACUAAAUCAGCAUAGCAGCUUGUCUUUUUUCUCUUGAAUAAUGUUUAAACUCUAAAGGAGAAAAAGGCAUUUUAAUUUAAGGUCUUGAAACUGUUUUUUCCAAAUUUUUUAUGAUGUGUGUGUUAGCACUUACUGUGUUUCCUAGGUUAAUAUUCUGUAAUUAAUGGUCCUCUUAUACCAAUUUGGCUAAAAGUAACAUUCUUAAAAGGUUUCAGUAGAAUAUUGUGUUGUCAGCCGGCGCUCCACACCACUUAAUACCUCAACUCGCAUUUAAAUUGAAUUUUGGUGUCCUUGUCACUUCUCUUUAAUUAUCCUGCAUACUGCAGGUAACUGCUGGCGUCUUCUCUUUUAAUUUAUAGGGGUUAUAACUUUGCAUAUCCCUACCAAGUGAACUGCGCUAUAACACCAAAGCACUUGGGAGCAAAAUACACCGAGCCUGUCUUGUUGGACUGCAGGUUAAGGUUUUCAGUGGCCGUAAAAAAUACAGUGUUAAAUGGAAUUUUAUAAAAUAUAAUAUUAAACAUGGGUUGUGAUGGAUUCUUAUAAGCUACACUAUUAAAGGUGGGUUGUAACUGUCCAGUAUAUAGAAAAGCCACUUUUUUUUUUUUUUUUUUAAGGCAAAAUAACUGACCACCUUCUGCUUUAAAAGAGCAGUUACUCUGUUUGAGAUGUAGAAAGUCUGAGAGAGAAAAGGCAAGGAUUGACUGGAUCCAUCGAUAUUUGAGAGUGUAUACAGCGACUUUGCAGUGCUGAAACAUUAAAGGAGGAAUCUUUUAAAAUUAAGCGGCCGCACUAGCUGAUUAUAAUAACCUAAUUAUUUGAUAAUCCGAUUUCAGUGAAUGUGUCAUUAUGAUUCAUGGCCAGCGUGUUGCUGAGUGAUUCUGAAAUUGCAUUCAGUAUCACGAUUGUAAGGAUGCACAUGGUCUUUGCAAUAAGAUUAAAUAAAUGUGUACACCUAAUGAUUAAAUUCAGUGUCCAUAUCUUUAGGAUGUUUGACCCAAAUCAAGUCCUGCGGCAGUAACCAUCGUUUUUUGGGAUAAUUUAAACUGUGCCUCCAACUUGCUAUUAUAGGUCCAUAAUGACACUUUUGAAUGAUCAGGCAUUUGAGUGAGUAGUUGCCAGAGAAGGAAGUUAACACAAGAAAGUAGUUUAAAGUAUGUUAAAGCUGAUGUAACGUAGAAGGCAGCCAGCAAGUGUGUGGAAUGUUCUAGACUUUCCUAAUCACGAACUUGUAGUAUAUGUAAAGUGUUCCCCUCUGUAAAAACAAGUCAGUCUAAUGUACUUGCUUUGUAUUUUAUUUUUAAACCCAAAGAGCCUACAUUUCUGAUUCUGUUUCUUUCUAAACUUAAUGGAUUAAAUUAUUUCUGAAGUGUCUGUGAGUUCAGAAACGGAUUUCAAAGAGCAAGGAAUGCAUUUAUUAAUAAAGGAACUACUAGCAAGUAGUUAAAGUAAAUAAGAAAAUAAAUUUAAAAAACUGUGUAAAGGGUUUAACAGAACUGCCUUCAUUCCGUUUUGAGUUGUUAGACUUGGGCCCUGAUAACUUUACAAGUGUUUAAUUUGUAAUCUUUGCUUCAGGUGUUGGCAAUGAAUAAUGCUGUAUGUAAUAAUGACAAUAAUAAAUUAAAAAUAGUUUUCUCUUAUUA